UCUGACUUUUGGUCAUUUCGAAUGCGCGGCUCCGCGCCGGCUCAGCAUGACGCCGACGGGCGUCGAUGGAUCGAUAGGCUGAUCGCUGCCUGCAUACCGUGGCGAGCUCGCAAGCAUAGCCUACACAGCAUCAUGGCCCUCAGACAGAAGCUUUGGACGCAUAGGAGGAAGGCUGACUGGCUCUAUGUCGCCUUUAUGGGUGUGCACUUGCUGGCUUCGGUGCUGGUGGAUGGCCAAUUAUUCUAUCCUCAGAGCUGCAUCCCGGAGGUGCUCGUCAAGACCAAGCAAGACUAUCUCAGGCAGAGCAAUGACCCUAUGGUUGGCAAGCUUGGCCAGCCCGAGGUGGCUUGGUUCUGGAUGGCCGUCGUUCUGGAGAUGACAUGGCAAUGCCCCGCUUUCGUCUUGGGCAUUGUCGGGCUGGUAAGAGACGAUUGGAGAGUGUGGCCCCUCCUAGUUGGGUACAGCUCGCUCGCCUUCAGCUCAACCCUCUUUGUCAUCUGGCAAGUCAUCGCAGGCCCAGACGCUCCCUCUCUCUCGAGCGAGCAGCUGCGCUUCCUCCUCCAGAACUACGUGCCUUUCGCGCUCAUGCCCCUCAUGAUGCUCAUAGACCUCACUAUCCGCUGCACUGUCGCCCUAGCCUAUGCUCAGUGCAAGCUUGCCACGACGAUCAGGAGCGACAAGAAGACCUCGUAGAUACCAGCGAAGGCAUGUGAUUACGUAAUGACAUCUAUGUUCAAGCGGCGGCUGGUCCGCGAAUAUUUUGUGGAAU